AUGGUGGCUGCUAAAGUGGCUCUAACCAAGAGAGCUGAUCCAGCUGAGUUGAAAACAAUAUUUUUGAAGUAUGCAAGUGUGGAGAAGAAUGGUGAAUUCUUCAUGUCUCCUAAUGACUUUGUCACACGGUACCUGAAGAUAACUGGAGAUGGUUUGCCUAAUGCAAGCACCGUACAGCUCCUUGCAGGUGUGGUGGAUCAGACAAAAGAUGGGUUGAUAUCCUUUCAAGAGUUUGUGGCGUUUGAAUCAGUCCUGUGUGCUCCAGAUGCGUUGUUCGUAGUAGCCUUUCAGCUGUUUGACAAGACUGGAAAAGGAGAAGUUACUUUUGAGGACGCUAAGCAAGUUUUUGGCCAGACCACAAUUCAUCAGCACAUUCCAUUUAACUGGAAUUCAGAGUUCGUACAGCUGCAUUUUGGAAAGGAUAGAAAAAGGCACCUAACGUAUGCAGAGUUCACCCAGUUUUUACUGGAGAUACAAUUAGAACAUGCAAAACAAGCUUUUGUGCAGCGCGACAAUGCUCAGGCUGGAAGAGUCACAGCUAUGGACUUCAGAGACAUUAUGGUCACUAUCCGGCCACACAUGCUGACACCAUUUGUAGAAGAAUGUCUAGUAGCUGCUGCUGGAGGUACCACUUCCCAUCAGGUCAGCUUUUCCUAUUUUAAUGGAUUUAAUUCUCUCCUUAACAACAUGGAGCUCAUUAGGAAGAUCUACAGUACGCUGGCUGGAAAUAGAAAAGAUGUGGAAGUCACUAAGGAGGAGUUUGUUCUGGCAGCUCAAAAAUUUGGUCAGGUUACGCCCAUGGAAGUUGACAUCUUGUUUCAGUUAGCAGAUCUGUAUGAGCCACGGGGGCGCAUGACAUUAGCUGAUAUUGAAAGAAUUGCUCCUCUGGAGGAGGGGACGUUGCCCUACAACCUGGCUGAGGCUCAGAGGCAGAAAGCUCCAGGCGAUGUGUCUCGACCUGUUCUCAUCCAGAUUGCAGAAUCAGCGUACAGGUUUGCCCUUGGUUCGGUUGCUGGAGCUGUUGGAGCCACUGCAGUCUACCCAAUUGAUUUGGUAAAAACUCGAAUGCAAAACCAGCGCUCUACAGGCUCUUUUGUGGGAGAACUUAUGUAUAAAAACAGCUUUGAUUGCUUCAAGAAAGUGCUACGUUAUGAAGGUUUCUUUGGGCUUUAUAGGGGUAAGUUUAAAAGGUGGUAUAUACUAACG